CCCCGGCCCCCCGUCAGGCUCCAAGUCCCGCGCUGGGCCGGCGCCCGGCCGCAGGCGCGCGCGGGCUUCGCCAGCUUCGUGCGCUUUCAUGGAGGUCCGGGCGGCCUUGGCCCGAGCCUGGUUCCAGCUGCCGCCCCAUCUGUCUGUGUCGGAUCUGCAGGAGCCCAGGGGUUGGAGAAGCACCCGCAGACGGCCUGGGAGACAGCAGCUCUGGAAGAGGGCUCCCUGGGAUGAGCCCUGACGCGGGGAAACCAGCCAACGAACAUCCCUCCCACCUUUUAUUUUCCCUGGUCAUUGACUCUGAAGACCCCAGGCCAGUUGUCUCUCCCUCUUCCCGUAUCCUCCGGACGCAGGGACUUGGGUCUGGACACCUGCUGGAGCUCGUCCUUGCCCAGGGCAGAGCCGGACGGCUGCUGGAGACUCUGACCGCUGCACCUUCACCACAGCCCAGACCCUUGGCGCCAAGUUCGGCUACGGGAUUAGGGGUGAACAUGGUUCGCACCUGUCGUGAAGCCCGCCCCCCUCUCGAUGACCUGGUAGCCAGCACCGUGCGGAUGUCUUGUUUUCCGACGGCCCAGCCUCCGGACCCCGGGGCGGCGCACGGGGCCAUGGCCCUGCUCCCCGGGCCCGCGGAGCCCCCGGGCCCCGAGCCCCCGGUUGGCGGCGGCGGCGGGGCCCGCGCCCGGCACGUCAUCAUCAACGUGGGCGGCUGCAGGGUGCGCCUGGCCUGGGCCGCGCUGGCCCGCUGUCCCCUGGCGCGCCUCGAGCGCCUCCGCGCCUGCCGCGGCCACGACGAGCUGCUGCGCGUGUGCGACGACUACGACGUGAGCCGCGACGAGUUCUUCUUCGACCGCAGCCCGUGCGCCUUCCGCGCCAUCGUGGCGCUGCUGCGCGCCGGGAAGCUGCGGCUGCUGCGCGGCGCGUGCGCCCUGGCCUUCCGCGACGAGCUGGCCUACUGGGGCAUCGACGAGGCGCGCCUGGAGCGCUGCUGCCUGCGCCGCCUGCGCCGCCGCGAGGAGGAGGCCGCCGAGGCGCGCGCGGGCCCGGCGGAGCGCGGGGGCCCCGGCAGCCCGGCCUGCGCCCCUGGGCCCGGCGGCGGGCGGCUGGCGCGCGGCCGGCGGCGCCUGCGCGACGUGCUGGACGACCCGCGCUCGGGCCCGGCCGGCAAGCUCUUCGCCUGCGUGUCCGUGGCCUUCGUGGCCGUCACGGCGGUCGGCCUCUGCCUCAGCACCAUGCCCGACAUCCGCGCCGAGGAGGAGAGGGGCGAGUGCUCCCCCAGGUGCCGCAGCCUCUUCGUGCUGGAGACGGUGUGCGUGGCCUGGUUCUCCUUCGAGUUCCUGCUGCGCUCGCUGCAGGCUGAGAGCAAGUGUGCCUUCCUGCGGACACCGCUCAACAUCAUCGACAUCCUGGCCAUCCUGCCCUUCUACGUGUCGCUGCUCGUGGGCCUGGCGGCGCGGCCGGGCGCGGGCGGCAGCAAGCUGCUGGAGCGCGCGGGGCUGGUGCUGCGGCUGUUGCGCGCGCUGCGCGUGCUCUACGUGAUGCGCCUGGCGCGCCACUCGCUGGGGCUGCGCUCGCUCGGCCUGACCGUGCGCCGCUGCGCGCGCGAGUUCGGGCUGCUGCUGCUCUUCCUCUGCGUCGCCAUGGCCCUCUUCGCGCCGCUCGUGCACCUGGCCGAGCGCGAGCUGGGCGCGCGCCGCGACUUCUCCAGCGUGCCGGCCAGCUACUGGUGGGCCGUCAUCUCCAUGACCACCGUGGGCUACGGCGACAUGGUGCCGCGCAGCCUCCCCGGCCAGGUGGUGGCGCUCAGCAGCAUCCUCGGCGGCAUCCUGCUCAUGGCCUUGCCCGUCACCGCCAUCUUCCACACCUUCUCGCGCUGCUACUCAGAGCUCAAGGAGCAGCAGCAGCGCGCCGCCGGCCCCGAGCCCGCCCUGCGCGAGGACAGCGUGCGCUCCGCCUCCGCCACGGAGGACGACGGCUCGCAGGGCCCCGACGGCGCCGGCCCGGCCGGGGACUCCGUGGCUGGGGCGUGGGCAUCCGCGGGGCCGCCCUGACCCGGCGGGGCCGCGGCACCAGCGAAGAGGCUGCUCCCCCGGAGCUCCAGGACCAGAACCGCGUUCUCGCCUCCCGCCGCGCACGGAGGGAAAGGGACGACUUUGGGGGCGCGGCUCCCUUUGCCGUGCAUGUUGCUCGACCCGCACAGCCCGGAACUUGGCCCGGGGCUGACCCCGGCCUGAAUCGGGGGUCAGAGCCAUCCUGUGCUUUGAGUACAGAGUUGACCUCCGAGGAACAUCACCAGCCCGCUCUCCGCUUUCCUUGUGUCUCUGGAGUUUUGCGUCCAUGAUGGCCAGCUAAAAAUAAAUGCAACGAUCCCAGAAGCUCCAAGCCUGUAGCAGAUGCCCCAGGCCUCACCUUGACCUUCCCCUGCUCGUCCCUGGUGGGGCGCAGUGGGGCGCAGUGGGGCUGGAGAGGGCACAGCCCCUUCCUGCUCCUGCCGUGCCCCCCACGGUGGGCCGUGCCCCAUCAGAGGGGACUCCCCAUCACAUCUGCAGAAGCCCACGUCCCUGCCAAGCGAUAGGGACAGAGGUGUGACACUGAUGCGCGCAGCACCCCAGUUCCUUCGGGGACGGGUCCCAGCCCUGAC